UUCCUCAUUAACUACUGUAAUUUUGUGUACCUUAUUGUGAAGUGUUACCAAAUGAUUUUCCGUUGAGGCAGGGAAGAAGCUGCAUUCGACCCUCACGCUGCAGAAUUAUAUUCCAGUUUUCUUGGCCAUGCGCCACCUCCUAACGGUCAACAGCGAUGCGAAAACGAGAGAUUUGAAGUUGAAGACCCAGCUGACGGAGAUAGACAAGCGCAAGGAAGGAGAGAUAGCAGCGAGGAAGGGCGGAUGGGGGUGGGGGGCAUCUUUAAGAAAGUGUUUCUCAGGCCUUUAGUCAGCGUGUGAGCGGCAUCUUGUCGUGAGCGGCUUGGUGAGCUUGUGAGUGGCGGUCUGUUAGCCGAGGGCCCGGCUGGAUAAAAAGAAAAGAGGUUAAAGAAAAGGAAAAGAAAAAGUAAACUUUGCUGCUGCUGUCAGCCGGCUGCUCCAUGGCCGCCAUCCAAGCUGCACUCCCGUCCUUCAGCUCCUUCUCAAACCUCACUGAUAUGAAAGGGGCGCCACCACACCAGCCUCAGCCUGUCCCUUUUGAGCAUGACAGGACCGACUGUGGGAGGCAGCAGCGGUGACAGGUCUGCCCCAUCUCGCCUCAGAGAGGAGGGGCGGCACAACAGGUCUCUGUGUCAUGAUCAGACCGCCGCCAUCUUGACCAGAGACCUGCUGGGUUGCAGCGCCAAAGAGAAUGUUGAACGUAAUAAAGCAAUUAGCAGCCGGGAAGAGGACAGUGUCCGCAAUGAACGGCGUAAGCAUCGCUUGAUCCCCAGCAAGGAGAAAGAUGAAGGCUACUGGGAUAAGCGGCGAAAAAACAACGAAGCAGCCAAGCGUUCCCGAGAGAAGCGGCGUGCCAAUGACAUGGUGCUGGAGACGCGCGUCCUGAGCCUGCUUGAGGAGAACGCCCGUCUGAGAGCCGAGCUGCUCGCCAUCAAGUUCCGCUUUGGCCUGGUGAAAGACUUUUCUGAUGUUUCCAUCCUGCCACUCACUCAGUCGACUCAGCCUGACUCUCAUGAGCCCUCAUACCCGAGCGUGCACUCCUGCAACCACCAUCAGCAGGACACCACAUAUGAAAAGACAAGGCCGGCGCCAUCUGCAGGAGAGUUUGUAGAAAAGCAGCAGCCCUACAGCACCCAUCCUCUGUGGCUACACGCAAACAUCCAAGACUCACCAAACGCUUUCAGGAGCCUUCCACACAAGCUCCGCUUCAAAGCGCCUGGUGGGGAAAAGUCUCCACCAUUGCACCAACAUUCAGCGUGGGGUGUUCGGGGUUUUGGUCAGGAGGUCUGGUCCAGUGAGGAGGCGUGUGUAUCAGGUGAUCAGCAGCAUCACAAUCCAUCCUGUGGGGAUCCAGCAGAGAGCGUCUCUCUCAGGUCUCAGAUCAGCUGCCUGUCUCAGGAAGUCGCUCGACUCCAGCAGCUCUUCUCCCACCAGCUGGUCUCUAAGAAUGUUUGAAAACUGACGCUACCUUCAUGCUCAUGUUCCACCCAGAAAAAUUGAAGGAUGCGGGGGGACCACUUUGAUGCAUUUCAUAAUUACAGAUGCGAUUAAAAGAAGCUAAUGUGCUAAGUAGGGAUGCUCCGAUCAGUGGUUUUAUGUUGCUGAUUCUGAUACCUAUCACUCAUGAGUGAGCUCUGCCAAUACCGAUCACAUAGGGCUGGGCGAUAUAUCGAUAUUUUUAAAAUAUCGAUCAAUCUUUUAGGAUUAGGGUUAGGGUUAGAGUUAGGGUACACGGCAUAACCCUAACCCUAACCCUAUGAAAAACAGCUUCCCUUGGAAAAACAAGCAUAUCGUUCAUAUUGAAAUAGACUGGAUUUGAUGCGGUGGUCUCAUGUUUCAAGAUGGCGCUGCCCAAGUGGCAGCUAGUUACAGAAGCUCUAUAUUCUUAGUGUUUAACAGUGCUUAUUCAUACUUUCUUAUUGUUUUUUAUGCCAUACCGACCCCUUAAGCAAGUGUGCAGCUAUGGAUGUUCAUCUUGUUACGUUUGUAGCUUGCCUCUUGCUUGUUGUGGGAGACGUAUUCAUUCACGGCUCCAUUGUUUACACUCGGCAGCAGACGGAGGAGGAGAGGCUGCAUAGUGGGAGUGAAGCGCUGAAAGCGGAAACAACGGUAUAAACCGCGUUUGCAGUCUGUCAUCCCGGGGAACGUUAGAUCUCUCCCCAACAAGACGGCAGAGCUAACGGCGCCAACCCGGCUGCAGAGGGACUACCGUGAGUGCAGCCUGAUUAAGAUUGAAGAUUUUAUUUUACUUUUUCUAUAUUUAUUUCAAAAAGAGAAUGGAUUAUUUUAUUUCAAAGUCCAAAAGUCCAACAGCGAUAGGUUUGAUAAGGGAAUGAUCAAACACGCUGGCAUGGAUUUGGCGUAGCCUGUAGCAAGCUGGCGAACUGAAGACAUUGAGGUUACACACACUAGUUUUGUUUCUCGCGGCAAUACGGGACAAAGAGCGUCCAUUCUCGGCUCGAUACGUGUGUUGGCAACCGUACAUGACACAGCAGACAUGUAGGGUUCGCCGCUGCACGCCGAUCGUUUUUUGUGAUCGGCUUUGAGGAAGGCAUUUAUAAGCAUAUGCCGAUGACAUGUUUUUUACGGAAAUCAGCUGAUACUGAUUGGUGGCCAGUCGAUCGCAGCAUCCCUAAUGCUAAGCUAUCUGAAGAAAACAUCAACAUCUUAGCUUUGUGUUAUACAGUAGGUGACAAUGGAAGUUAGUGUAGUAUCUAAGAACAUAUGUCUUUAAUAAUGAAUACAUUUUAUUUUUUACAAUAUGCCCUCGGGCCAAUAAACAACAAGCUUUGGACACCCUUACACCCUUACUUUUCCCAGCAAAAACUGAAAUCCAAACAAAAUUAAAUAUCUGAUUGAAUCUGAAAUCAACUAAUCAACUAACUAAUCAACUAUUUUUUUACUAUGUUGCACCACUUACCUUCUUUUAUGUAAUACAGUCGUCUCUCACUAUGUCAAGGCUAAAUUAAGCAUUUUCAAACAUAAAAAUAGCUCACUGGACUAACUAAAUGAACGUUGUGAAUGUAGUAGUCUAUUUUGCAGUGUACGUUAAGCGCACACAUUUGAUAACAGUAGUAAUUGCGACAUAGUAUCGACUGUAUGUUGCAUCCAUGCUGUACCUACAACGUUUGAAUAAAAGGCUGGUGAGUUAUUUAAAUAUGUGAGUGUGGCAAAUACACUGCAGGUGAAACAAGGUGCUAUGUGGCAUAUAUCACCACACACAUUUGUUUUUCAGCUGAACUGUCAGGAAAAAAGUUCUGCUUUUUACCGCCAUACUUUGUUUUUCAUCUAUCCCUGCUGCUGAAAUCAAAAGAGAAAGAAGCGAUUGUGCACAGGCGCACGGGGAGGAGCAAAAGACUGCAUGAGUCAUCAAUCACGUCAUUCGCACAAAAGCUAUUUUUAGCUUUAAAGCAGCUUUUUUGGAGUCUGAUUGGCCGAUGUGAAGGAUGCAGUUUGAGAAUAUAUUAACACCUGGAGGGCGUACCAAUGCUCAGAGACAUCAACGACCGUUAGCCGAACCUCAUCGACAGCAGAUGUGAUGUUCCUGUGAAUGUUUUCAUUCAUGCAGGUCAUCGUAUUCUCAGGGCAUUGAAUUGAUCACAUCUGGACUGUUCAGUUUGUCUUGUGAGCACGAUGACACGCAUGAAUUUCGCAUGUCGCUUGGCUGGACAGUGACAAGCAAUAAAAGCGCUAUUGCGCAGGUUCCAUUGAAAAUGAAUGGCGUACAGGCGAUGUCGCCUCCCAUGCGUGGCGCCCAUAAGAAGGCAUUUCACCUCUCAUCUGAGGAAGUUUCAUCGGUUCAUGCUCAAAGACUAAGUGGGACACACACCAGUCAGACUAGAUAGGGCAGCUCCAGUCUGAGAGCUUGGUGCAAGACUCAAUCUAUUGAUCCUCUAAAGGAGGAGGCUAGUCCAGACAGGAAUGGUUUGGAUGUGUUUUCUGCGGAAAACACUGUGGAAAACACAGCUUAUUUACAGAGGGAAAAAAAAACGUCUUUGUGAACAGUUCAUAUGCUUGUGACGUUAUGGGAACGGCUUGAGCUUUUCUUUUACAAAGCAAGGUCCAUAAAGGCACGCUUGGAGGAGAACCUGGUCAUCAAACACCAUUGGGAUGAACCAGAACAGAGAUGCUGACCUCACAAAUUCUUCUGGACGGUUUAAAAUCCCCCCUUUCUUGUAGAAGGUAUUCCCAAGAAUAAUCCACCUCCAUAUUUUCUCCCUUUUUCAUGUCUUGUAGGUGUAAUGGCCAGUGUCCCAAUACUUUUGUCCAUAUCGUGACAGCACAGGUGUGAGGUUUUUAUAUUGGUCACGCAAUAUAAACCCUUUCAUGAUUAUACAGGAUGCCACAAACGCAGUAUGUCUUCUUCUGCUUGGAUCUUUGACUCAUUCAUUCAUUCUCUCUGUGUCUCUAUGUGACCAAUCUUCGCUGGGUGCAGUGGAACGACCCCCCACCAUAAGCCAUUACGAAAGGCUUGGUUGCUAGGCAGGCACCAUAUCAUGGUAACCAUGGGAAUGUCGACUGAGUGUUGGGGGUUGGCAGUUUUAACAACAUACUAGUGAUGGGGGGAGGAGCGAGACAAGUUCAAGGCCACUGUUUCUGACAUGGUCUAAUGAGUGUGUGUGUGUGUGUGUGGACGGUGAGAGAGCGGGGAGACAAAGUGGGGGGAAGGGAUUGAGAGCGAAUGUGGGAUGAAGCAGCGCUGAUGUAACCGGUGGUGGUGAGGUUAGUGGUGUUGGAUAAUAGGAGAAUGAAGUAUAUAACACACUUUCCCGGUACAAAUACUGCAUAAAGCUAAGCUCAUUUUUGCUCAAUUUUUCAGGUUUUAUGAGAUAUUGACAUCAACCAAUCGCAGGGCACAUCUAAACAAACAGCCAUUCACGCUCACAUUCAUACCUAUGGACAAUUUACAGUCUCCAUUUAACCUAACAUGCAUGUUUUCGGAAUGUGGGAGGAAACCGGAGAACAUGCAAACGCCACACAGAGAUGCCAAACAGAGAUUGGAACCCAGAUCUUCCCGAUAUCCUGACUGUGUGGCCAACAUGCUGACCACUAGGUCACCGUGCGGCCCAGUAACGGCAUUAGUCCUUCAUAAAUGUGAUUAGCUACCAGGGAAAGAUACUUUUUUGAAAACCUUUGAAUACCGUAGCAUACGCACAGAGUGCACGAAAUUCAAUUAGUAGUAUAUUGUCAUAGAUUUUUGAUAUUUUUUAUUGUACUUUUUCUCAAAUUUAUGUUAAAAUAUCGUCUCGAAUGCCCAACCCCGUGUAUCGUUUCGUCUCGUGAACUGAGUGUCUCGUUAUUGAGUAAUAUUAUACUUAAUAAUAUGUCAUACCAAGAGUAGCAUCAGCAUCGGAUUGUGGUAAGAUCAAUAUUUUACAGGUUUUGUCCAUAUUUGUGUGCUUGUUUUUGGUUGUGUUGUUAAUAUUGUCCCAUUGUUAUAUUAUUUUUGUGUUUUGGUAUACAGUGUAUUGGUAUUGUACUGUAUUGUUUGCAAGCUCAGGCCUUGGACACACAUAAGAGGACUGUGGGGGCACAAAGCCAAAGGAUUUGAAAAAGAGCCAAUAGUAGCCAAUAGUACACCCAAUGUGUACAUAUUUUGCACUAUUGACUUAAUUUUGCUCAAAUAAUCGUAUGUGAUAAAAGGGACUAAAGAAAUAAUUGUAUUAUUUAUUUGAUAUUGUUACAUUGUUGUGUUUGUAUAUUGUGAAUUGUUCUCAAAUAAUUUG